GUCACGUGAUCGCCGACCUUCCUCCUACUUCUCGGUGUCCACCGGAGUCCGUUUCAGUCCUGCAGCAGCUUCAUUCACCAUGGCUUUCUUCACCCACCAACUCUGCAGAGGUUUCUCGUCUUCGGCUGUCCGGAAUGUCGUUAUUAAGCACGUAACAAUCAUCGGAGGUGGACAGAUGGGUGCGGGAAUUGCACAGGUUGCUGCGUCAACUGGCCACUCCGUGACGCUGGUGGACACAAAUGACGAUAUCCUUAAAAACGCUGUCAAAGGGAUUGAGGGAAGCCUUAAAAGAGUGGUGAAGAAGAAGUAUGCCGAUAAGCCGCAGGCAGGUGAGGAGUUCAUCCACAAAGUCCUGCAGAACGUGUCGACCGCCACAGAUGCGGGAUCUGCAGUUGUGGGCACUGAUCUUGUGUUGGAAGCCAUUGUGGAAAAUCUAAAAAUCAAACAGGGUCUCUUUGGUCAGCUUGACAAGGUGGCUCCACAACACACCAUCUUUGCCAGCAACACAUCCUCCCUGCCCAUCUCUGACAUCGCCAGCUCCACCAACAGGCUGGACAGAUUUGGUGGACUUCACUUCUUCAACCCAGUGCCUAUGAUGAAGCUUGUAGAGGUCAUUAAAACCUCAUCAACAAGCCAAGAGACUUUUGAUUCCCUCUUGAACUUCAGCAAAGCGCUUGGGAAAACACCAGUGUCCUGCAAGGAUACGCCAGGAUUCAUUGUAAACCGCCUACUUGUGCCGUACUUACUGGAGGCGGUCCGGCUCUAUGAGAGAGGUCAUGGAUCCAAAGAGGACAUUGAUAUUGCCAUGAAACUCGGUGCAGGUUAUCCCAUGGGACCCUUUGAGCUCGCGGACUACGUGGGACUGGACACUGUCAAGUUCAUCAUUGAUGGUUGGAGUGAAAAGGAUCCCAGCAACCCGCUAUUUAGCCAGAGUGAAUUGCUGAACAAGUUGGUGGCAGAAGGCAAAUUUGGCAAAAAAACAGGAGAAGGAUUCUACAAGCCAAAGUAAUUUGGUGAUAGAUGUCGCUGUGGAACGAAUCAGAACUUCAGAAAAUAAGCGAUCCAACAAGGACUGUGAAGAAACAGAAAAAGUGCCUGCACCUUCGUCAUUAAAGGUCGACCUUUGUCUGUCAAUUUAUUUUCCUUAAAUUACAUCUGCGUUUUUGUGUGUGAAGAUAUUAAAUCUGAUUAUUAAAUAGAUUUUCCAAUUA